UAGCAUAAUAGAACCUCCCACCCCUAUUUAUGAACUGAGCGGUCACCUUGCUCGAGUCACGUGACCUGUAGUCUACAAAGAUUUUCAAUUUGUGAAACACGUUUUCAGAGAUAUUUUCCAUUUGCAAAGGAUUAUUGAAGAUUUUCAUUUUACAACAGAAAUCAGAAUGGCUGCUAAGUCACCACCUGGCAGUCCUAGUAAAGAUUAUGAGAAGAUCAACCUCACAGAACCAAACACUCCAGUAGAGAAUGGUGCUGUCCCUGUUGCAGCAAAUGAUGAUGGAGGAGUAAAUCUCAAACCCAAAAUCAGUCUUCUCAAUGGCUGUACAGUUAUUAUUGGCUCGAUCAUUGGAUCGGGUAUAUUCGUCAGCCCCAAAGGUGUGGUUGGCGGUUGUGGAAGUGUUGGACUAUCACUCAUAGUUUGGAUAGCAUGUGGACUAUUUUCUAUGAUAGGAGCAUACUGUUACGCUGAACUUGGCACAGCUAUUGUAAGAUCGGGUGCCGAUUAUGCUUAUAUAUUUGAAGCUUUUGGACCCUUUUUAGCCUUUCUAAGAUUAUGGGUUGAAUGUAUGAUAGUUCGACCAUGUUCUUUAGCAAUUGUCGCGCUGACAUUCGCAUACUAUGUCAUUGAGCCAUUGUUCCCAGGAUGUGAACAGCCAGAUACUGCAGUGAGACUUCUAGCAGCAGUAUGUAUAGUUAUAUUAACCAUAAUCAACAUGUAUGAUGUGAAGUGGGCCACAAGAGUUCAAGAUGUGUUCACCUAUGCCAAGGUCGGGGCUCUUAUAUUGAUUAUCAUCACAGGAUUCGUACAGCUUGGAAAAGGUCACUAUGAACAUUUCUUGGACCCAUUUAAAGGCACAGAGACGGAUGUUGGGAAGGUUUCCAUGGCAUUCUACUCUGGACUGUUUGCAUACAAUGGAUGGAACUACCUGAACUAUGUUAUUGAGGAGCUUAAGGAUCCAUACAGAAACUUGCCAAGAGCUAUCUGGAUCUCCUGUACCCUGGUGAUAGUGGUGUACGCAUUCACCAAUGUUGCAUACUUUACCACUGUGUCCCCUCAAGGCAUCAUUGACAGCCCUGCUGUGGCUGUGAUGUUCUCACAAAAACUUUAUGGAGUUAUGUGGUGGAUUAUGCCCAUAUUUGUCGCUCUCUCAACCUUCGGUGGUGUAAACGGCAUCCUCUUUACAACAGCCAGAUUAUUUUUUGUUGGAGCAAGAGAAGGGCACAUGCCCCAGGUGUUGAACAUGGUGUCUAUCAAUCGCCUUACCCCUGCCCCAGCAGCCUUGUUCAUGGGCCUCACAUCCCUUGUGUACCUCUGCUCCUCUGACAUGUAUGCCCUAAUCAACUAUGUCGGCUUCGUCAACUGGCUCGCUAUUGGUCUCUCUGUCGUCUCGUUGUUGUACUUCAGAUGGAAACGACCAGAAAUGAACAGACCCAUCAAAGUGCAUUUGGUAUGGCCUAUUAUCUACACUCUUGCCUCUAUAUUCUUGGUGAUCCUACCAUUCUAUGCUAGCCCUGUUGAGACAGCUAUGGGAUGUGCCAUCAUUGCAACAGGCAUACCAGUCUACUUGAUAUGUGUCAAGUGGACCAACAAACCAAAGGCUUUCUUACGAUUUUGGAAUUCUUUCACAAUAGUUACGCAGAAGGAUAUUAUCUCAAACAUACAACAACUUCACCCUGACGACACAGAAACUUCUGUUGGUUGUCCCAGAGGAGCUAAAGGAGGACUAGAACCAUCAAACCAUCAACCAAUCAGAAGAAUGAUGGGGCAUUGAUUCUAUGGGACCCUAUACUUUAAACACUAGAGGUCGCAAUACAGUAAAUUUAAGUAACUAGUAAGACCUCGUACUGUGUAUGUUUUGUAGGACCUACAAGGACAAAUAUUGAUAAGGGCCAUCUGUCUCAUGUGUUGAUGUGGUGACACAAGAAACACUAUUGAUAUUAAACUUUAUAGCUUUGUAAAUAAAUAGACAAGAAAACCAGAUGAAAGGAAUAUUUCUCAAUGAGUCUUUAACUGAUGAUCUUGAAGAUGUAUAUAAGGAUGUCUAAGAUGUAACAUUUGUAGGUCUUAUUGAAAAAUAUUCCUACAAAAUAUUGAUGAAAGAAUGUUUGAUGUAUCUUGUUGGAAUAGGUAACUAGACUUUGAUGCAGUAUA